AUGGAUGUUACCAAUAAGACGGAUCCCCCACAGACCAAACUCGCAUGGUUGCGCUCACAGGUGAUCGGAGAAAGUGUCGAAUUCGAUACCCCAUUUGGAAAACGCCGCCUCACCUAUGCGGAUCAUACUGCCUCCGGCAGAGGCCUUCGCUAUAUUGAAGACUUCAUUAUCAAUAAUGUUCUUCCUUUCUAUGGGAACACACAUACAAGUGACAGCUACGUGGGUCACAAGACCAGCAAGAUGGUGAAGGAGGCCACCAGGUACAUCAAGAGUUGCCUUGGUGCAGGAUCAAAUGAUGCACUCCUAUUCUGUGGCUCUGGCACCACUGCAGCUAUCAAGCGCCUUCAAGAGGUGAUGGGAAUCACGGUGCCUUGUACCAUGAGAGAUAGGUUAAUCCAAAGGCUGAGGAUUGAGGAGAGAUGGGUUGUGUUUGUUGGGCCAUACGAGCACCACUCCAAUCUCCUUUCAUGGCGGAAUAGCCUGGCUGAGGUGAUCGAGAUUGGGCUUGACGAUAACGGAUUGCUAGAUAUGGAAGCUCUGAAGCACCAACUCAAAUUUUACAAGGAUGCCAAUCGUCCUAUGUUGGGUUCAUUCUCAGCUUGUAGCAAUGUUACUGGAAUCUACUCUGACACAACUACGAUUGCCCGCCUUCUUCACCAACAUGGAGCUUUUGCUUGUUUCGAUUUCGCUGCAAGUGGUCCUUAUGUGGAGAUCAACAUGCGAUCAGGUGAGUUGGAGGGGUAUGAUGCCAUUUUUUUGAGCCUACAUAAGUUCCUCGGCGGGCCUGGAACCCCUGGCAUCCUUUUGAUGAACAAGGCCUUGUACAAGUUGACAUCUUUUGCCGCCCCUUCUACUCCUGGAGGUGGAACUGUUGAUUUUGUCAAUGGUUUCAGUGAAAAGCACACGUUGUACUAUGAAGAUGUAGAAGAGAGGGAAGACGCCGGAACUCCACCUAUAGUGCAGAAGAUAAGAGCUGCACUUGCUUUCUGGGUGAAGGACUUCAUCGGUUACGAUGUGAUCGAAAAGCAGGAACAAGUCUACAUAAGUGAAGCCCUCAACAGACUUCUUCCCAAUCCCAACAUAUGGGUUUUAGGGAAUACAAGGGCACCUCGACUAGCCAUCCUCUCUUUCCUUAUUUUCUCCACCACAAAUUCUUCCUCCUCCUAUGACCACCACUUAAACACUGAAAGAGCUGAUCCAAGUCUUUAUAUGUGGGCAGAGACGGGUAACAAGAGAGACAAGCCUCUCCAUGGUCCAUUUGUGGCAAAGCUCCUGAAUGACCUCUUUGGCAUCCAAGCUCGAGCUGGUUGCGCUUGUGCAGCACCCUAUGGUCACCAUUUACUUGGCGUCGAUGAGGCUCGUUCACUAGCCUUCCGAUCUGCCAUCCAAAAGGGCUACGCAGGUGUGAAACCAGGAUGGACCAGAGUUAGCUUCCCCUAUUACAUGUCAAGUGAAGAGUUUGAGUUCAUCCUAGUUGCAUUGGAGUUCAUUGCGCUAUACGGUCAGCUCUUCCUACCACUAUACAGCUUCAAUUGGAAAACAGGAAAUUGGAGCUUCAAGUCAAGAGAAUUCAUGGAGAAUAUACUAGGGGAGGAGGAGGACUACAACCCUAUAAAUCUCAAUGUGAGUAGUGAUUUGUCAUCAUCACUACUGGAGCAGAAUCCUACUAAGCCUGCAGCUGGGAUGAAAAUCAAUAGCACAUACUUAGAAACUGCUAAGUAUGUGGCCAACUUCCUCCCCAACUUCCCUCCCCAACGUAGGGUUCCAAAAGAUAUAGAUCCAACCCUCGCACAUUUUAGGGUAUAG